AUGUGUAGGUAUAACUGCGAGUUCACUCCAUGCAGUUUCGAUAUACGUAUUCGGGAACCGACUUACCGCCAAAGCGAACUGACGCUGCUCGAUUUAGAAUCGGCUUUAUUUGGAGUCGGGCAUGAGCGUCAUUAUUCCUGGAAGCUUAAGCUUUGGCUUUGGCCCGUCAUUGGCGAUGAGGAGAAGCUGAUGCAGGCGGUCGAGUCUAUUGGAUCCGUUGCUGUGGCCAUCGACGCCUCUCAAGAGGGCUCCCAUCACUACUCGGAAGGCGUCUACUACGACGAGAACUGCUCCAGAACCAGGCGG